UUUGGGCCUUUCUCAAUUCGUGCUCGACUGUCGGCUGAGCAGCAUCGCAGGCGCGUCGCAAGUCGGAUCUUUUUGCGGUUUCGUGUCAAAAUGUUUUCCGCUUGAGUGGCGUCGCGGUUUUCCCUACGGUUGUCGUCGCUAUUACUUCUGUUCAAUUGCAUUAUUCUGGCUCGGCCGGAACUCUACGGUCGAAAAAGAAAAAAAGAACCGGACAGGGCAGUGCAUCUCGUAUGUAGCAUUUCCAUGAGCAAGCAGCGGCGAGCAGCGUUGCAGUGUGGAGGCGCGGUUUCAUUGCAAAUGCACUGAUGCGUGUGUGACACAUCCGAGAGGGUCUCCUUCGGUGAGCACAUGCACUUUGUAGCCCGGUUUUCCAGUUUGUUGUUGAACGUUGCAAUCGGAUGAACUUUGGCAGAUUGUGAGAACAUUUUUCGAGAUGUGCCGGGAACACUUUAGGGGGUCAUGAGUAUGCGAUAGAAUCUCCCAUCAUUUUCUUUCUACGUGGUUUGUGCAUUAUUGCGUUCGUAAUUAUCGGAGUGAAAUGGUAAUGUUGUCGCGAUAAGUCUUUGUUGAUUGCCGACCGGAGAUAGUCGACGUAAGUGUGAAAUUGUGCUGUAAAAUCUUACAUCUUUCGUAGCGGUGGGGUGCGGGCAGUGACAGUAAAAGAGUUUCUAAUUUUCUUUUCUCGUGAUUGCUUUUGAGUUUGCUGUGUUAUUCAUAAAUAAUUGAUCCGUGUUGAAUUGUUUUUCUCUAUAUUGAUAGAUAAUAGCUCCAGUGGAGAAGUGAUGAUGUAAAUUGAUUGAAACCAUUGUGCGAAGAGAAAUUUUUGUUUUCAAGGUGAUCGUAAAAUUCUCGUCAAGGUGUUGAAGUUAUUUCACUAAAUGUUUUGACGGAAAGCUGAAAAAUCAAGUGCUUGAUAUAAAAAAAAACUAGUUCAGCGCAAGUUGUUAAACGAAAGCAGAAUUACAAGUGGUAAAUAAAACGAAUGCUUCAGUGUAAAUAUAUGUUUACAUAGCACUAGCGAAACGAGGCAACGAACGCCUUCGAAGCAAAAGAAACAUAUAACAUAUCUGAAGGAAUCAAAACCGGAUCGGAACAAGUUUAGUGCGAAUUUCAUGUUUUAUGCAUAGUCUACAACGUCUCGGGUUAAUCCCUCUGCAGGUCAGCAAAUCAAGCUGAACCGAUAGCCCUAGAGGAUUACGACGUAGAUUUACAUCCGUCUUGAACUGUAGAUAGGAUUCCGUGGCGGAUUCUGAUCUCACAUCCCGCGUGCGUGUGGUGAAAAAAGGGGUCAACAAGGAACUUUUGUGUGUGCCACUGACACGGAACCACGCGCGAGAGAUAUCCUGACAGCGAGUAGUAAGCCAGCUCGUGCUUCUGAUGCGACUGUAGUAGUGAAACCUGGCGCAGCAUCCAAAGUUCAAGGUCGAUAACCUAUUAGCUGCCCAACUCUCAAUCAAUGCCAUGAUACCGUCAAUCUAACACCGAACAGCUGCCGGCACCGCGGAUUCCAGCCGUAAUAAUCACCAGUUGGAAGGUAUCAAACUACGCUGCAACACUCCUGCCGUCAUCCGGUUCGCCCACGAUAAUCCGAAUAAAUAUAAAAAUAAAUAAAAAGGAAGACAGAGAAAAACCGUCUCCGCGGUUGCGUUAUGAGUGAAACACUUUUCAUCGGUUAGUAGCAGACCGACAUUUCUCCGCGGGUUUCGAGCCGCCCGCCGCCGUUCGAAAACGGUGUCGACGCUUUAUAUUUCGCUUCGGUAAAGUGAAACUUCAAUCGGCUAGUGAUUAUUUUAUUUAUCCGUUUCGGUUUUUGCGGUUUUGCUUCCACUGCUUCGGAACGCAAAAGGUGAAAAAUUGCAACUUUAGUUUUGUGGCCUUUCCUACGCUCAAUUGUUUAUUCUGUUGAUUUGGUUUGUGAGUGUGAUUCAUCCGCUGGUCGAAAACAGCAAAGAGGUUGAGUACUUUUUCAAAUUCAAUAAAAAAAAAAUGAAUAAAAUGUAAAUUGUGGAGCUGCUCAGAGAAAAAUUGAUGCAGCGAGGAGAUUUGAAUCAAGUGUGCUUGCGAGUGUUACCGAAAGCAAGAUUGUGGUGCAGUGGAAAAACAACGUUGGUCAAAAAAUUGUUUUCGAACAUUGUAACAGCUGCGCAUGAAUGAAAAUUAGCAUCUAGCAAAUGCAACACACCAUCGGUAGGUGUGAUUUUGAGGAAGAGAUUGACCAUUUCAGCCCGGCUGCAGCAACGACCGGGUGAACCAUAGUGUUAGCAGUGAGCGAAAGUUCUUUCGCGUAAGACAAUUUGAGGAUUAGAGCCGGCUUAGCCGUUCGCCGUUCAAGCCAAGAUGUCAGCCGGUUUGAUGUCGUGCGUUCGGGAGAAUUCGCCUCCCCUGGAAGGUCCCACAAUCGGCGCCGGAACUUAUGGCACUAGCGGGGGAGGGCAGAUUAUCGGCGGAAGCCAGCACAUCACCUGCAGCAGCAAUCAGCUGCUCGAUCCGAACGACAUUCCAAUCACCAUCACAACGCCAGAGCAUCUGCAGCAAGGAGCCGGUGACACCAGCACAACCCGCCGCAAGCGAUUCCAUCCGCUUCGGAACUUACGGCGCAUCUUCCGUCGCAGAACGGUGUCCUCGGCCGAUGCCACGCCCCGGCAGCUGCUGGGCAAAGGCCAAACCCACAUCCACUUCGCCACGUCUGGCUGUUCGACGACGGAUGCUACCCUGCCACGCACCGGGUUAGGCGUGCCGAUCACGAUUAGGGCCGACUCGGGAGGUGGCGGAGGCGGCGCAGUCGGAGCUGGCUUCUACAAGCGCGAAACGUACCGGCUGCGAGACGCCGAUGAUCUGGAGAAGGACAUGUCCGACUACCAGCGCAGCCUCAGCGAGGGCCGACUUGUCGAUAGUGACAUAAGUCGCGAUGGAUUAUCCCAGUCACACGACAGCGUUUUUUCGGAGUCUGGCGGAACAAACAGCAGCCUCUCAAUCACACUUAAGAAUGAAUUGGCUGAUGUUCUACGGAAGCGGCGAAAGGAUCGCCAGCACGAGGCAUCCGACGAAGAUCUCGGACUGCCGCAGAGUCCCAUCACGCCUCAGCGGAAGGAUCGGGCGAUGAACAAAAGUGAGGGCUCAUUGAGUAUCCUUAGCAUGACAAGUUCCGAUCUGGACCUGGAGGAACGGUCCGGCUCGAACGCCAGCGGUUAUAAUCUGUUCCACCUGGACUCGUCCAGCUCCAGUGCGUGCAACCGGUCUUCGGAUAAUCCAGAUGACAACGGAGCUGAAUCUCCAGCGUCAAAGUUAAGUCACUCCGCUGCUAAGCACAAACUUGCUGUUAGACCAAAGAAGAAAGGUCCCACACGAGCACGCGCUCGAACGCGCGAGUCUACGGUGCUUCCCGCAACACCCGAAGUUAAUGAGGAUUCGCUGAAACUUUCAACUGUGGACAUCCCGGCGAUGGAUUUGAGUGAAGCCGAAGAAAAGUGUCAUUCGUUGACCUUUGGAAUAAAUCCGGGAGCGUUGAGUACCACUCAGCAGAUGUUGAGUAGCAGUAGCAGCACAACCGUUAUCCACAAACCGGCAGCCAAGGAACCGAGCUCAAUAAACUCAAAACUGUCAGCGUCGGCUUCAUUGACAACAGCAAAUUCGGUCUCCAGUUCGACCAUCUACGUCAACAGGAAUAUCUCGAAGAGCUACGACUUUAACGGGCACAACGGGGACGGUUACAUAACGGAGGAACUGGACCUCAUUAACGGAAAGAAGGAUGAUGAUGGUUUUUUCAAACGCAUCUUGAACUACAGUUUCAAGAAAAAGAAACACGAACAUGGACUGAGGGAUGAGUCGUCAGCUAUGGGUCCUGUACCGGCACCGAGGAAAGAGGACAACACCAGUACGGUGUACAUCACUCCUGGUAUUGGCCAAGAAACGGUGAUGAAACUGUCACUACCGAUUUGCGAAACGGACGUUCCGGAGAUGAGUGGAUACAAAAAGAUUAAAGCCGGUCCAGCAGCUAGGCAACGUGUCUUCCCGAAAGAUAUUUUCAACUCGGAAGUGGAUGGAGUACGAGAAAGUCCACGGUAUUCAUCGAACGUUGAGGUUAAUCGUCACUCGACGUCUUCCAAUGGCAGUGGAUCCAUCAUUAUUGGGGGUGAGAAGAAAAUCAUACAACACAAGAGUGAAGAGUACUUGGUAUCGAAGGUCAGAAAACUAUCGGAGCGAAGCUUCGAUGAUGAGGAGGAUGAAGAGGACGGCGGUCGGAAGUAUCAACCGUACGUUGAAAAGGUUAAAAAUUCCAAAAUAUACAAUGCAAGUCCGUACCAGCAGCGAGUUGCGAAAAUUUCCAUCAAUCAAGGUGAGCCACCCAAGGAGAGUCCCACCAAGCGCAAACCCGUCGAAAAGUCCAAGAGUUUCCGGGUGUACAGUGAUACCGUUUCCAACAAUCUUACCAACGGCAACAACUUGCCAAGUCUUCCUAACUUGACUAACUCGCUGUCGGUCGGAAACUUCAGCAACAACUUUCUGGAGACGGAGCACAAAUUCUUCAGCAUGACUGAGAACAUAAGCCUAAGCAAUCCGCGAAUCUUCAAAGAUUACAUCACUAACGUAGAUGAGCUGGGAGAGGACAGCAAGUUGGUCACCUCGAAUGGCUCUCUGCAGAAGUUUGAAAUCAAUGACAACAACCUGUUGAACCCUCGAGAGCAGGAUCAUCAUGUUGAUCACCUGCCAAAGUCCAUCGUGUUGACAACGAACACAAUCGCCACACCGGAACCGAGCAUCAUGCUGCAUAAGUCUAAUCAAAACAUCUCCCAGAUCGAGGAAACCAUCGAUAAACUGGUGUCGUCUCCAUUCGUCAGCAUAAUCAAAGACGCUGCCGGCAGUAAUGAUCGAUUGGAUCUGCUGGAACAGCAACCAGUUGCGUCACCGGGUGUACCCGAGUUCAUGAAGAUCCAGCUGAACCGAGUGGAAACAGCACGGGCCAAACCGAACGUCGUUCUGUCGACCUCGACUCCGGUGAGCAGCUGCAACACCACUCCUUCUCCUAGUCCAGCAACUCCGCUCAAUGGUGGCGAUGAAUCCGUCAAGCUACGACGCUUCAGCAAUGAGAACAUUGAAAUUACCGAAAGUAAACCGCCACUGCCUCCCUCGGCAGUAGUUACCGCGCGAAGUAGUCUUUCGGAGGCCCCCAAGAGUCCACCGGCUUUCAAGCGGGGUGAGUUGGGUUCCAAGCGGAACUCUAUGAAUCUUUCGCAGGAGAUUUCGGACGAUAGGAAAGUUAUUCUGCAGCGCAGAACAUCGGUUACGGAGGAGAAAAUCAAGUACGAGCGACGGAUUUCCUCCUCGUCUGAGGAUAUAAAGUAUGAGCGGAAGAAAUCGGGUUCCGAUGAAGUGUUAGAGAAAAACAGGAGUAAUUACAAUAGCGGUUCGAGCAGUGGUGAUGAACUGGUGGUCCUGCGGAAGAAAUCGAUCGUGGAUAAUUUCAAAGACAAGGACAAGGACACGCCAGAACUGAUGAAGGUGUUUGCUCGGAGAAGCCUCAAGCUUCGCUCAGACGAAGAUUAUCGGCAUGGAGAUGGGAAGACACUAUCGAGUGUCGAUAGCGACAAGGAGAAUCAAUCGAGCGAGGAGAAGUUGGAUAAGUUAUCGAAGUCGGAUGGGGCUGGCGUCACGGCCAAGGGCAACGGUACUGUGCUAACUAAAGAUUCGGUCGAUGGUAAGACGACACCUGACAGCAACUCUAGCGAUGGGCUGCGCAAAAGCACACCGAAACCGUUUGGAGUUCCCAAUCGGUUCGGAAAUGCCGUCAACGUGCAAGCUAGAAGUGCCGCAACUUUUGCCGAGAUCCGAAAGUCGAUGCUAGCGGCGAGUGGCACAACAACGUCAGCUACUCAGAACAGCAAUACCAAUAACAUCAACAACAACAACAACACAAAGACUACUACAGAUAACAAUGAUGUCGCGGGGUUGAACGGAACAAGUAUCAACAACAAUAACAAUAUUAGCAAUCGCCAUACUAUUGCCACCAUGAAUCAGUUCAAUUUGAACGCCAACAAUAAUAACAACAAUAACAUCAACAACAACAGCAGUACCAUAAGCAACAAUGGUAAUAUAAACGGGAACAACACGACGAUUGAAACGAUCGGGGAAGUCAACGAGUUCAAAGGUAUACUGCAAAGACGGGCUGAGUGGGAGAAGAGAGCCAAGGAAGGAUUUAAGUAGGAAGUAACCAACAACCAUGCUCAAAACGAGCCAAACAGUUUAAACGAAAAUGCAAUUGUAGAGACCCUACUGUAGAUCAGUAGAAUAGUUUUCCGAACAGACCAAGUUCUAUCAAAGUCGUCAAAGUUUUGCUCAUCAUCGGUGUGGAUUAUUUCUAGACGUUGCACCACAGGAAGACAUAUAUUACACUGCUCAUUUGUACGGAAUGAAGUUUAUUAGUCAUGAUGAUCGAUUUCUACAGGAAGUAGUUUUUCAGUGUUUUCACUUUAAGAUCUACCACCCCACCGAGCUUGAGCUGAGUUAGUCGGAUAGUCGCUGUUUUAAGCAAAAGCAAAGGAAAAGAAAGAUUUCCGUUAGGCGUGCAGAGACCUGCGGUUGCAUUAGUUACGACCAAGAAGUUAUCUAAACAUUCACGAUCCCCUUCCAAUCGUAGUUAUAGAGUAUCCCGGUAACUAAGAGUGAAAUUCCAUGUACGCUUUGUGUCGAUAGGCAUUGUUAUACACACUUUGAAAGAUUCCAAGUGCUCCCUGUUACGUUUUCUUCCUUAGCAUUGUCAUAUUACCGUAGCCGCUAUCCCCUAAAUUGGACUGUGACGAACCCAAGCCUUAGCAAUACCACUCGAGCGCAUUGGACCGAUUAGAAUUUGAUUGUUUCUUUCUAUCGCUAGUAGACUUACGGGCUUGUUGUGCAAGAUAAACGAUAAUCAAAACGUAAUCAACAUUCAUUUCAAAACUAAAUCAAAUGUGAUAAAAUAUAAACUAAAUAUUCAAGUUCGAUAUUUUUAGAAACCUGUAUUAAUUUGUAAAAUCGGUACUUUUUUCAAGUGUAAAUUUUCGAUUAUUAGAGCGUUACCCCCCGAAAAUUUACUGUAGUGAGACGAACGAUUUUUAUAUCUAUUCCCGAAAAUAUUGAGUUUUGAUAUAGCAGAAACAAUAUUGAUCGUUAUGGGUAAGAUAAUUUUAGAUAAACCGUUAGAAGUGAUUGGAACAUGCAGUGAAUUGCUAAACACUCCGAGCAGUUGCGUCAACGCAAACUACUUGGGGUGGGGGUAAAAAAACGCAAACGCCUCCGCAUUGCGAUGCUCUUCUACACUGAUAUAUUAUUAAAAAUAAAAUAUAUAUUCCAAGCAACAACAAAAAAAAAUCAUACAUAUUUAUAAAUGGUUAGCUUUCCUAUUGUUUCUACAGCUUUAAUUUUUAGAGCUGUGCUAAAUCAAACAUUAGUCAGCUUCGUCACGGACUCAGUCCCAGAACACGAGAGCAUUUCGAUAUUGAAGUGCUAGAGAAUUGCUUUUUAUCUCUUACCUUAAAUCAGAAACAUACACAGACACAUACACACAAGGGUGCACACGUUCUUCUUUCGCGUGAAACGUUAACGAUCGGAAUGGAAUUUAAAACAUGAUUGAUUACUGCUUGCAUACCGAAAUCAGCAUCAUAGUGAAGAGAACACAUGUGUAACUAUAGCUCCACUGUUGAUAAGUAAUAUUGAGAUAAUAAAAUCAUUGAAAUAAGUUA